AUGCGAGUCCUCUUCUGGAACAUCCGCGGUUUCGGCCAUGAUGGCCGACGCUGCCAACUCAUCAAGUACAUGCGAGACGAGCACAUCGACAUCAUAGCUAUCCAGGAGACCAUGCGUACUGAGUUUUCCCUCCCCGAGCUUGAUAGUCUUAGCCCUCACCUAUUUUUCUGGCAUUGGCUCCCUUCUAGUGGGACCACUGGGCACUCGGGUGGCAUCCUUUUAGGCGUGAAGGAUGCCACCUUCGAGGUGGGAGGCAUGGACCGGGGCGAAUUCUUCGUUAGUAUGGAGAUCUUUGAACGGGCUCUCAGCUUCAAAUGGGAGAUCGUGAUCGUCUAUGGGCCGGCAGACCACCACCGUUCCCCGACCUUCCUAGCCGAACUCCAGCAGAAGGUCACUGCUUCGCUCCUCCCUGUAGUGGUGGGAGGAGACUUUAACCUCAUCCGCUCUCCUGAUGAGAAGAACAAUGACCGGAUCAACCUCCCCUGGAUGCAGAUGUUCAAUGAUUGCAUCGCGGAUCUUGGCCUCCGUGAACUAGAUAGGACGGGUGCCAGGUUCACCUGGACCAACCAUCACGCGGACCCGACGUGA